AAAAUCGCCCAGCUAUAAAUAAAGUAAUUCAAGCGCUAAAAGAAAUAGUUUGGUCGCUACCAGAAUCGAAUGUUUUCGUAUCUGCUUUAAGUUCUGAUGUAUCGUCAGAAAGUUCAGAUUCAUGUGAAGAAUACUAUUGUGGAGACUCUGAAAAUUUAGCAUCUUUUCAUGAAAAGCUUUCAACCCCAAACGCGUCUGAAAUUAUUGUUGAUAAUUUAUUUGAGUUGCUAAACAAACAACUUUAUUAUACAAGAGAUGAUUUAACUGUUGGCAGAUCGUUACAUUCAUAUUAUCAACAGAACGCUCCAGAUUCUUUCGACAUUUAUGCUUUGAGUUGGCAGCAAAAAUUUUCGAAGAGUCAGCAACAAACAAAUGCUGAAUUUUACAAAGAAGCAAAUUAG